AUGUCGAGUGACGCCAUGGACCGCCGAUGGAUCAAGAUUCUGGUGACGCUUUGUGAGGCGGAGGUUACUUUUGAAGACGGUGAACUAGAGCGGGGCCAUGCUUUCAAGAGCCCAACGUCCGAAAUAAAGGUGGCCAUUGCUUUGGCCUUUCGUAGACAUGUGAAUCACGCUCUUUACCCACCCUCCCACAUUUCAAAUUCAAUAAAUACCACUUUUCCACUCAUUUCCGGAUCACUGAACGGCCAACGCCGUCGAGCAUUGCCACCACCUCCGCUGUCAACCCAAUUUCUCAACCUCAUCUUCACUAGUAUCGAAAGGAGCGGCUUAAUUUCAAGAAGCAUGGAUCAUGAGAUUCAAGCAAAGCUACUUAGACGUGAUGAUGAAGAAGAAGGUGACUUGAAAGGAAGAAUAUGGAAUGAAUCCAGAAAGAUCUGGAGGGUCGCAUUGCCAAGUGUUAUAUCAAGAGUUUGCGCAUUUGGAACGAUUGUUGUCACACAAUCAUUCAUCGGCCACAUCAGCGAUUUAGAUCUUGCAGGUUAUGCCCUUGUCCAAACACUAAGUGUCCGAUUCGUCAACGGAAUUCUUUUAGGGAUGUCGAGUGCAACUGAAACUCUUUGUGGACAAGCCUUUGGAGCUGGUCAACACCACAUGAUGGGCAUCUACUUACAACGAUCAUGGAUAAUCGAUUUAAUCUCUCUAACUGUCCUCAUCCCAAUUUUCAUCUUCGCUGCACAAAUCUUUAAAUUUUUAGGCGAAAACGAAUCCGUAGCAAACAGCGCGGGACACGUUUCUCUAUGUUUUAUCCCUUUCGUCUACAAUUUCGUGUUUAGCCUCACAAUACAAAUGUACCUACAAGCACAAUCGAAGAACAUGGUGAUUGCAUGGCUUUCGAUUUUUCAAUUCGGGAUUCAUAUCCCUUUGUCGUUGCUUUUUGUGUAUAAGUUGAACCUCGGAGUUGGCGGGGCUAUGAUUGCUUUAUCUAUGUCGUCGUGGUUUCUUGUGAUUGGAGAGUUUGUUUAUAUAUUUGGUGGUUGGUGUCCUUAUUCUUGGAGGGGGUUUACAUCAACUGUUUUUAAGGAUCUGUUUCCUGUUGUGAAACUUUCAAUAUCUUCUGGUGUUAUGGUUUGCUUGGAGUUAUGGUACAAUGCUGGGCUAGUCUUGUUAGCAGGGUACAUGGAAAAUGCAAAGGUUUCAAUAUCUGCCUUCUCAAUAUGGUAUCAGAAUUUGAGCUUUCAUAUGUGUUUUACUUCUAUCUUUGCAUACAAAUCACUAAUGCUUGAUACUUUUGCAGCCCUCAACAUUAAUGUAUGGGAGUUCAUGAUCAGUCUUGGUUUCUUAGGGGCUGCAUGUGUCCGUUCUUUUUCUUCAUUCUCAGGGGUGGCGAUUGGAGCGGGAAUGCAGGGUACAGUAGCGAUGGUGAACUUUGUUUGCUUCUAUCUGAUUGGUAUUCCGGCAGGAGCUUUGCUUGGUUACACGACUAACCUCAAAGUAAAGGGUAUAUGGAUUGGAAUGAUUGGUGGUGUCGUGACACAAACACUUGCGCUUGUUUAUAUGGUAUCGACAACCGAUUGGGAUGAUCAGGUUAAGCGGACUUCAAAUCGGCUAAAUCGGUUUUACGUGAAGACGUCUGAUAAUAAGGAAAUUCGUUAGGAAAAAGUUUGGAGAAGGUUAACUUUUUGGUAUUAAAUGUAAGGUGUUUUUGUAUUAGGUGUUAAAUGAAUAAGUUAUAUGUCUCAUCAUGAUCCAUACUUUCAUUUGAAGUGGAG